UUGAGGGAGGGUAUGACAAGAGUCCCCUGCCACACCUUGUGCCCCUAUGCCCUUUAUACGUGCUGCCAAUACAAGCAGGCUGCACCGUGGCUGGCCCCACAGUAGGCUGGGAAAGGACUGGCCACGGUGACAGCUGCCCCGUGGUGGCCAGCACAAUGAAGUGCUCCUUGCGGGUGUGGUUCCUCUCUGUGGCCUUCCUGCUGGUGUUCAUCAUGUCCCUGCUCUUCACCUACUCACACCACAGCAUGGCCACCUUGCCCUACCUGGACUCGGGGGCCCUGGGUGGAACACACCGGGUGAAGCUGGUGCCAGGCUAUACGGGACUACAGCGCCUUGGCAAGGAGGCGCUUUCGGGGAAAAGCUGCGCCUGCAGCCGCUGCAUGGGUGAUGCCGGCACCUCUGACUGGUUUGACAGCCACUUUGACAGUAACAUCUCACCGGUCUGGACCAGAGAUAACAUGAAUCUCCCCCCGGAUGUCCAGAGGUGGUGGAUGAUGCUGCAACCCCAGUUCAAGUCACACAACACCAACGAGGUGCUGGAGAAGUUGUUCCGGAUCGUGCCUGGCGAGAACCCCUACCGCUUUCGGGACCCUCAACAGUGCCGGCGCUGUGCUGUGGUGGGGAACUCUGGCAACCUCCGGGGCUCUGGCUAUGGGCAAGAUGUGGACGGACAUAACUUUAUCAUGAGGAUGAAUCAGGCACCAACUGUGGGCUUUGAGAAGGAUGUUGGCAGCCGAACAACCCACCAUUUCAUGUACCCCGAGAGUGCCAAGAACCUGCCUGCCAAUGUCAGCUUCGUGUUGGUACCCUUCAAGGCCCUGGACCUCAUGUGGAUUGCCAGUGCCCUCUCUACAGGACAGAUCCGAUUCACCUACGCUCCAGUGAAAUCCUUCCUUCGGGUGGACAAAGAAAAGGUCCAGAUUUACAAUCCAGCCUUCUUCAAGUACAUCCAUGACCGGUGGACAGAGCAUCAUGGACGAUACCCUUCCACGGGGAUGCUGGUGCUCUUGUUUGCGCUACACGUGUGUGAUGAGGUGAACGUGUAUGGGUUCGGGGCUGACAGCCGAGGCAACUGGCACCACUAUUGGGAGAACAACCGGUAUGCGGGCGAGUUCCGGAAGACGGGCGUGCACGACGCCGACUUCGAAGCCCACAUCAUUGACAUGCUGGCCAAGGCCAGUAAGAUCGAGGUCUACCGAGGGAACUGAGCUGCCCACUGCGACAUCAGGACCUGUCAAACCUCGGUCCGGCGAGCACAGGCUGCCGCCCACCAAUCAGACUCUGCACCAUCCCAGCAACCAAUCAGCGUUGCCGUUGGGCGGAGCUUCUCUUUCUCAGCCAAUCAUGCGACUCAAGGAGAACUUCCGGCGCCGCCGUCUCCACCAAUCAUGGCCUUGGGAGGCGGCGGGGCCUCGACCCCCCUCCCCCUCCUCUGCUUUCUUUUCCACCUUUUACGAGGCCAGUGCUGGGCCUGGGCAGGAGUGCCUUGGACUGCUCAUUUCCAGCUUAGGCCCGGAUGGGAGAGUGCAGCCCGCCAAAGAAAUAUGGUCGCGGUGAGACCCUCUCCAGGGCACUCCGUGGCUCACCAGGUAGUAGGGGAUUAGAUUCACUCCCAGCAGGGUGGACCUCCCUAGGGCUUCACUCCUUAACUAGUGUCAGCAAGGGGUAGGAAGCUCCAUCGGGUCACAUGCAAGGUGCUUCUCUCACGUGUGCCCUCACUUCUACUGUCCUGUGUCCCCCCCCCCACUCUUCCUCCUUCUCAGCGUCUGACCUUUGGCCCUGGGCUUUCUUUCCAGCUCACCUGUUGAUCUGGAGACAAAAUGACCCUGCUGCUCACACGCUCACACACAUACACAACAGCCCUUAUGUCUUUAGUCCUAAGGCGAGAGCAGCGCAGUGGACAUCAGGCUGGAGAGGAGAGCCCAGCUGCCUGUGCAUGUACCUUUUUCUUUCAUUGUUACCCCAAAGAGGAGCAGGCAGCCUCUUGCUUGGGGGUAGGAAUUGCUUUGGGCUCAUACUUUAGUUACCCUGAAGCUGCCCAACCAAGAUUGCUUGACAAUUCUUUGCAGGCCUUGCAGAUGGCCUGGAGCUUUGCUGGGGAGGAGCGGAUUGGUGGCUGCCAUGCAUGCCUCCUCCUGUCCGCCCUUUAACCUGCUUACUCGCCUGAUCUAACCCACUUUCCUGCUCCUAAAGGGCUGGUGAGUAGAGAGAGUCAGGGGAUACAACUGGAAGCUACUUGCGUGACUCGACCCCAAGUCAAGGUGGAGAUUCAGUGGGCUUCAGGGAAUGUCUCAGGCCAUAGAAAGUACUCCCCCUUCCCUGCAGUGUCCACAUAAAUAUUUUCCAUUCUUCAUAAGUUGACAUUACCAAGCAGCCUCCUAGUUGGGGGACGGUCACCCACAAGGGAUGGUAUUAGAGGGUGGGGAUGAGUCAGCAGUACCCCUAAAAAUUGAGAACUUUUCUUGAAUCUGUUCCUUCCUAGUUCCAAAAGCAGGGGUGGAGAAAAGGGGCUACACUGAGUGGGGCUACGGGAGAACCUCAGGGCUCUAACCAUCUCGCAGAGUCGAGGCACUAGCCAUUCUGUUCUUGCCUGUCUCAUCUCUGCUCUCUCAAGAAGCUGCUGUGAUGAGAAGCUGAAAAACAAUGCAAUCAUGCCAAACAGUAUUGAGAAGAAUAAUUUAUUUUCUCCCUUUCCUCCCUUUCUUUUGUUCAAACCAUUAAUCCCCAUCUGGAAGAGGUAGGUCCCAGCACCCAGAUCCUUUCUUCUAUAGUUAUUUAAACAUUUAAAUUUUUCCUUCCAUUUCUUUUUCUGAAUUAAAAAGAACAAACCCCAUGGAGUCACUCAUCUGUUCGGAGCUGUACUGUCUUAGGUGUAUCUUAGGAGGCACUAUACUGGUAAGGAUAUUUGGGAGAAGAAAGCAAUUCUGAUACUCUCUUACACAUUAACCUAGUUCAUGGGCUCUGCUCUCAGAAGUCUCCCAAAGGACUAUGAGUAUUACGUUUUAAAAAUCAACUUAUUGCACCAGGUGUGGCAGCAGGUGCUUUUAAUCCCAGCAGUUGGGAGGCUGAGGCAGGAAAAUAAGUUAAAGGGCUAAGCUCAGAUACGUGGCAAGUUUAAGGUCAGCCUGGGCUACCUGAGAACCUUUCUCAAAAGAAGAAAAAACAAACAAACAAACCAGCACAGAUCAAUUCACUGUCCCCUCUUCAAUUCCUCUAAAAGAGUGAAAGACUUGGGAAGAAUUCCUGACUCCCCUGAAAUGGCCUUUCGUAAAUGCAGAGCCUCUACUAGAGGGUCAUGUUGGUUCAUCUCAGUAGCCAUAAAGCUGUCCUUUCCCCAUGGAGCGGGUUCCUUUCCGGAGCUCUCCUGUCUGGCAUUUUCUGCUGACUCCAAUCACACUACACGGACCCACAUCUAUCUGCCAGUGCUAACCAGGUGUUGUACAGGAGGAGAGUUCUCUGGGAGAACUGCUGGGCAUAUAGUGCCUCCUUCAGCUCUGCAAUCACUAAGAUAAAUAAUGCUUAAGAAUAAAUGCUUUGAUUUCAGUAGGGUAACUGGAAAACUGGGAAAAUAUGUUGGGUCCGUACCUUAAAUUACUCACUAAAACAGGAGUCAAAAUCCAUCUCAGAACUAAGUUAAAAAAUCCCAACAGGCUGGGGUUGGAGAGAUGGCUCAGUGAUUAAAUCCCAACAGGAAGUAGGUUUUUAAUAUACCGUUACAUCUUAGAUAUCUAACAGUUUUGUAGUUGGAUUUUUUUCAAGCUUUCUGGUUUCCUUUAUUGAAAUGUAAGGCUUUUUAAAAAAAUUCCAGGGGGUUGGGGAUUUAGCUCAG